GGGAGGAGACCUGCCCCUCCACCCCUCCCUCCCCUUUCUCAGCCGGCUUGGGAAGAAAGCCCACAACCCUACCUGCCAAGCCAGCUGAGCAGGAGGAGAGGAAGACGAGGCUGAGGGUCAGAGUGGCCCGGGUCCUGUGGGAGAGGGAGAGCAAGAGGGAGAGGGCUGUCCACGCCAUCUCCGAGAGGUGAGCGAGUGCCGUCUGUCCUGUGGACGCCCGUGCCCCGUGCCCCGGCAGCAGCUGGAACAGAGCUGUCUCUGGGCUCAGACUGAGGCUGGGCCGAGAUGGCGUCUGUGUUUCGAAGUGAGGAGAUGUGCUUGUCUCAGCUCUUUCUGCAAGUGGAGGCUGCGUACUGCUGUGUGGCCGAGCUCGGAGAGCUGGACUUGGUUCAGUUUAAGGACCUGAACAUGAACGUGAACAGCUUCCAGAGGAAAUUUGUGAAUGAAGUCCGAAGGUGCGAAUCGCUGGAGAGAAUCCUGCGUUUUCUGGAAGAUGAGAUGACAAAUGAGGUUGCGAUCCAAGUGCCUGAGAAGUAUCCCCAGACCCCUCUCCCUCGGGAGAUGAUAACCCUGGAGACUGUUCUGGAGAAACUGGAAGGCGAACUACAGGAAGCCAACCACAACCAGCAAGAUUUGAAGAAAAGCUUCCUGCAACUGACAGAACUCAAACAUCUCCUGAAGAAGACCCACGACUUCUUUGAGGUCAUCCUUUGCAGGCGGUUUAGUGACGGGCCCUGUUCCCCAGAAGGAGCCCUGGCAGCACAGAGGUUAAGAGCUUGGCUGCUAAUUAAAGACCCUUGGUUCAAGUCCAAAGAAGAACUUAAAAAGGAUAUAUUCAUCAUCUUUUACCAAGGCGAGCAACUCAGGCAGAAAAUCCGCAAGAUCUGUGAUGGGUUCCGAGCCACCAUCUACCCCUGCCCGGAGCCCCCGGCCGAGCGCAAGAGCAUGCUGGCGGACGUCAAUGUGAGGCUGGAAGAUCUAAACAUCGAGACACCAUGUCCGGAAACAAUCCCCCUGCAAGUACUUUCACCCUGCUGCCCCAAGCUUGGUCAUUAUUCAAAGUGGACCGUGCAGGUGCAGAAGAUGAAGGCCGUCUACCAUACUCUCAACCUGUGCAACAUUGACGUCACCCAGCAGUGCGUCAUCGCCGAGGUCUGGUACCCAGUGGCCGACACUGCCCGCAUCCAGAGAGCUUUGGAGCAUGGCACGGAACAGAGCGGCUCGGCCAUGGCCCCUAUCCUGACGGCAGUGCAGUCUAAAACAGCUCCACCCACGUUUAACAGGGUCAAUAAGUUCACAGCCGGCUUCCAGAACAUCGUCGAUGCCUACGGCGUGGGCAGUUACCGGGAGAUAAACCCAGCACCCUACACCAUCAUCACCUUCCCUUUCCUGUUUGCUGUCAUGUUCGGGGACUGCGGGCACGGCGCCGUGAUGCUCCUGGCGGCCCUGUGGAUGGUCCUCAACGAGAGGACCUUGCUGGCCCAGAAGUCCAACAACGAGAUUUGGAACACCUUCUUCCACGGACGCUACCUGCUCCUGCUCAUGGGGGUCUUCUCCAUCUACACGGGCCUCAUCUACAACGACUGCUUCUCCAAGUCCCUCAACAUCUUCGGCUCUUCUUGGAGCGUCCGCUCCAUGUUCAGAAACGGCACCUGGAAUGACCACACAGUGGAGACCAACGCCAUCUUACAGCUGGACCCCGCCGUGCCUGGCGUCUACUCCGGGAACCCGUACCCAUUCGGGAUCGAUCCGAUCUGGAACGUGGCCCCCAACAAGCUGACCUUCUUGAACUCCUAUAAGAUGAAGAUGUCGGUGGUCCUGGGAAUCGCCCAGAUGGUGUUCGGCGUGAUACUGAGCCUCUUCAAUCACAUAUACUUCCGAAGAACCAUCAACAUCGCUCUGCAGUUUGUCCCCGAGAUGGUCUUCAUCCUGUGUCUCUUCGGGUACCUGGUUUUCAUGGUCAUUUUCAAAUGGUGCCACUACGAUGUGCACUCGUCCCAGCGCGCCCCGAGCAUCCUCAUCCAUUUCAUCAACAUGUUCCUGUUCAACUACGACGACCCGUCCAGCCGCCCGCUGUACCGGCACCAGAGAGAAGUCCAGAGCUUCUUGGUGGUCCUGGCUCUGAUUUCUGUGCCCUGGAUGCUCCUGAUUAAGCCCUUCAUCCUUCGAGCCCGCCACCGCAGAGCCCAGGUGAGGGAAGGGGGUCUGAUUCCUGAAACCUGUGGGGCUGGUCUGUCUGUCAACGGGAGGCCGGCUACCAGGAGUCGGAAUCAGCCACACUCAACAGUAAUGGAUAGGGGAAAAGAGUUCAACUUUGGAGACGUCUUUGUCCACCAGGCCAUCCACACCAUCGAGUACUGCCUGGGCUGCAUCUCCAACACGGCCUCCUACCUGCGCCUCUGGGCCCUGAGCCUGGCCCACGCCCAGCUCUCCGAGGUGCUGUGGACCAUGGUGAUGAACAUCGGCUUGCGCCAGCGCGGCUGGGGCGGGCUCGUCGGAGUCUUCAUCAUCUUCGCCGUGUUUGCUGUCCUGACAGUGGCCAUCCUGCUUGUCAUGGAGGGCCUGUCCGCGUUCCUGCACGCCCUGCGGCUCCACUGGGUGGAAUUCCAGAACAAGUUCUACUCCGGGGCCGGCUACAAGUUCUCCCCCUUCUCCUUCAAGCACAUCCUGGAAGGGGCGGCCGAGGACUAACGUCAGGCCAGGUGGCCGCCCUGCUUGCCCCUGCCCCCUGGGCCCAAGAAGGAAGCCAGUCGGCUCCCCAGGGUCACUGGGGUGGCAGCUGUGCAGGCUUCAGUGCCGGGCUUUGUUCUCUCUGCCACUCUGCCCACAAAGCCUCGUGUGAACCCUGGGCUUCAUUGUGACGGUGCCAUGCAUGUCAGAGCCAAGUGCCUUGACCUCGUGUGGGCUCUCAGUGACCCGAUAAUAAGAUGAUUAAGACCUGCUUGUGUGUGUGUGUGUG